GUCGUCGUUUGCAAGUCGUUUUCUUUGGCCGGCCGGUAAGCAAGCAAGGAAGAGGAAAACUCUUACUCGUAUUUUAUAUAAACAAACUUCCUUAAGAAAAAUGACUCAUUUUAAAUUAAUAUCAACAACAAAAGCUUCAGAUGUAAUCCCCGUAAACAAAUAUGUAUCGGAUAAAACUGGAAUUACUGUGAUAAUUGCUGAAACCGAAGGUCCACUCGUAAACGGAUUUUUCUGUCUCGCGACUGAAGCAGAAGAUGAUGAUGGAUUACCUCAUACAUUGGAGCACCUUAUUUUCUUGGGGUCUAAACGAUAUCCGUAUAAAGGUAUCUUGGAUCUCCUUGCCAACCGAUGUAUGGCUCAUGGCACCAACGCUUGGACUGAUACUGAUCAUACAUGCUAUACAAUUAACACGGCUGGAGAUGCCGGGAUGUUGACUCUUCUGCCUAUAUAUUUAGACCAUAUUCUAAAUCCUACUCUAACUGAUCAAGGAUUUAUUACUGAAGUACAUCAUGUUGAUGGGGAUGGUGAAGAUGCUGGAGUGGUUUAUUGUGAAAUGCAGGGUCGUGAAAAUACAGCUGACAGCAGGUGUGAAUUGCGACUUCUAAGGGUGAUGUACCCCAACAGUGGGUACUCAAUGGAAACAGGUGGGAUAAUGAAAAAUCUAAGGGACUCUACUGAUAAUACUAAAGUAAGAAAUUUUCACAAGAAAUUCUACAGGCCGGAAAACCUAACGAUUAUUUUAACUGGUCAAAUAGCGGCAAUUGACGUGUUCAAAGCGUUAGCUACCGUCGAGGAUGACAUCAUAGCGAAGCGUGAAAAGGAGCCUCUUGGUGAAUGGGUAAAACCUUGGCAAACAAUUCCACCUCCACCUCAAUACGGUGAAUUUAAGGAGGAGUGGCCGGCAGACACCGAGGAUUGUGGGCAGGUUGUUUUCGGAUGGCGGGGUCCGUUGCUGACGUCCGAGACGGCGAUGAAGGACCUUACAGGUUGCGCGGUGUUAUUGCGAUACUUAUGCGAUACAGCCGCGGCGCCGCUGCAACGAUGCCUCGUUGAGAGAGAAGACGCGCUCGCUGGAGAUGUCUCUUACAACCUAACAGAAAACAUAGCGUCCCUCAUCAAGAUCGAGCUGGACAAUGUGCCCAUAGACAAACUGGAGGCGGCUCGCGAUGAGGCCAAGAAGUGUUUAGCAUCAGUCCGGUCGGAAGAGAUCGCCAUAGACAUGGAACGUAUGAAACGUUUACUGAAGAAACAAUUGCGCGAGAGUCUCGCUAGUCUCGAAUCGGAUCCGCAUCACGCUGUCGCUUUCCGAUGCAUCGGUGAUGCUCUAUAUUCACAAAACGAGCGGGAUUUCGUGUUACGCAUGAAUCCACAACACUCAUUGCAAGAACUAAUGGAAGAAGAGGUCGGUUACUGGGUGGGACUGAUGAAGGAAUAUUUCACCGAUGAGCAGGCCGUCAUAGUUGGCGCACCAAGCAUACAGCUGCAGGCAAAAAUGGCCGAAGAAGAGAAGUCUAGAAUAGAAGAACAAAGAAAGCAGCUAGGAGAGAGUGGGUUGGCCGAAAAAGCUAAGCAGCUAGAAGACGCUACCGAAUUUAAUUCUCGUCCUCCGCCCCCUGGCACUUUAGCAUCAGUGCCAGUGCCACCGUGUGAUAACCUCAAGUGUUACAAGCUGUCCACCUGGAGCUCAGACUCGGAGCCCUGCCCAUAUUUCCCCUUGGACGAUCUGCCGUUAUACACCAGAGUCCAUAGUCUACACACCAACUUUGUAUAUAUGAACAUAGUUAUGGAUAUGACUAGUACAAAUCAAAACGCACGUAAGUGGCUGCCCCUGUUCUUGAACGCUCUCGGAGAGUGUCCUGUACGAAGAGGGGACACGCUCGUGCCCCACGAGGAGAUCAUAUCCGCCCUGGAACAGCUCACGGUCAUGUGCAACAACAGUGUAGGCUUCGGUUCCGGCGGGAACUUCUCCGUCGGUUACUUUGGUAACUUCGUACUCACGGACGUUAGGUGUGAGCCGCAAGAUUACGAAGAGGUGGUCAAUCUAAUGCAUGAAGUGUUGUACUGCGCGGAAAUAACUAAAGAACGAUUACUGGUGUUCGCUCAGAGACUGAUAAACGACGUCGCACAGGUCCGCCGGAACGGUAACAAAAUGGUGUACGAUUCAUUACGAGAUGCGUUGUACAGCAAAGAUAGUAAUAUCCACUGGUGUUCUGUACUUAGACAACAUAAAUUCCUCAAGGAAUUAGUGGAACAACUAAACGCCGGUGGAGAUUCUGCGGACAACGUGUUAUCGGAAGCUCGAAAAAUGUUCAGUUGUAUCACGGAACGAGUGUUCCUGCAUAUAGCUACUGAUUUUGAACGCCACAAGCUCACCACCGAGCCCUGGAAGAAAUUCACUACUGCCAACCAAAUCGCACCCGCCCAGCCCUCGUUAUACCUGGACGCGGAUCUGAUGUCCGGUUGGGGCGGUGGGUUCGUGUCUGGCGUGGGCGGGCUGGAGUCCUCGUUCCUGGUGCAGCUGAGCCCCGGCCCGCGCGGGUACUCGCCCCCGCACGCCGCCCCCCUCACCGUUGCCCUCAACUACUUCACACAACUAGAGGGUCCGAUGUGGCGUUUGAUUCGUGGCUGCGGUCUGUCGUACGGUUACGGCAUCAGACCGGCACAGAACGAAGGUCGACUGGUAUUCUCACUGUACCGUGCUACCAACGCUAUCGCCGCCUAUACCAAGACCAAGGCAAUUGUGGACGAGUUUUUGAGUGGCGGCGAAUUUGACGAGGAGUUAUUCGCGUCUGCCAAGAGUUCCACGCUGUUCGAAGUGGUGCAAGCUGAGAAAUGUCCAGCAGACGUCGUUAGUCAGUCACUGUUCAACUAUGUGAGACAACAGAACACAACUUAUAACAGUGAGUUGGUGUCAGCGAUAGCCUGCGUGUCGUCCGAAGCUGCGCAAGAAGCGGCCAGACGUUGGUUACCGUCGUUAUUCGUAGCGGAAUCUAGCAAGUUAGCCAUUGUGUGCCAUCCCACUAAAGUAACAGAUAUACAAACGGCUUUCCAAAAAAUUGAUGUCAAACUGGAGGCGUUUGAAUCAAUGGAAUCGUCUCAUUUUAACAAAUAAGAUAUAUUAUAUCUUUAGUAGUUAUAAGUUCAAUUUUACACAAAUAUUUUUAUUAAUAGUAUACAAUUAUGUAUCUCAUGUGUAUUUAAUGUACGGUUUUACUUUUCGCUUGGCUGUGCCUUAUUUUACAAUAUAACGAUGUUAUGUUAUCAUAUUGUAAACAUAGACUAUGUAAUAACCACAGUAAUAAAUUAAUAUUUCU